AUGAUACCCUUCUACCUGCCCCUGCUAGCAGGCGCCCUCAUCCAUGAGACUACAGCCUCAACAGCGGCCGGUCCCGCAGCCUGCACCAACCUCACCACCAAACUAGGCUCUUCAAAGGUAGUCAGUAGUCAGCUCAACCUCCAAUACAUCGAAAGUCUAGAGUACUGGAAUACCCUGCAAGAUGCCUACAAACCCUCCUGCGUUGUCUACCCAGCCUCCGCCCAAGACGUCUCCACAGCUCUCCAAGCCAUCCGCACAGCAGACUCUCGCUUCGCCAUCAAAGCCGGCGGCCACAAUCCAAACACAUUCUUCUCCUCCGUCGACGCGGGUGUCCUUCUCGACAUGAGCAAAAUGACCGCUAAAUCCUACGAUCCAGACACCACACUCGCCACCUACGAGCCUGGCGGUGUCUUCGGCGAUCUAUACGAGUACUACGUCCAGUAUAACCGCACCGUCGUCGGCGCCCGGCUCGCAGGCGUAGGCACAGGCCUCGCUCUCGGCGGCGGCAUGAGUUAUCUCUCGCCGCAGUACGGUCUAGCCUGCGACUCCUUCCGGGAAUUGGAAAUCGUCCUGCCAAGCGGUGAAAUCGUGACUGCGUCCGAAUCCUCCCAUCCAGAUCUCUUCUUCGCAUCCCGCGGCGGCGGGGGCAAUGCCUACGGCGUCGUCACAAAGUAUACCGUGCAAAGUCGACCUAUCGGCGAGUUAUACGCUGGAAAUGUCAUCUACGCGUUUCCCCAGAAAGACACCGUCAUCGAGGCGAUUGGCAACUUUAUCAAAUACAAUACCGAUCCUAAGGCUGCUAUUAUCGGUACUUACGAGAAACUACCAACCCCUGAUUUAAAUCUAAAUCUCGACGAAGCGAUAAUCAUGUUCCUCGUCUAUGACGGACCGGAUUCAGGAGCUGCCUUUGACAAUUUUACUUCCAUCCCACACCUGCUCAACACGUUGAGUAUAAAAACAUACCCAGAGGUCGUCAACAUGCCCAUCCCCCUCUCAACAGAGCUCUCCCGCGGCGCAAACAUCUUCCGCGUCGGCGUGCACCGUCCAGAAAACAACUCCUACUCCACCGCCCUGGAUAAAUGGCGCUCGUGGGCUGAAUCCAACAAGGGCAAAUACGAACUGCUUUCGUUGGACUUCCAGCCCGUCCCGCGCAGUUUGACGGAUGCGAGUAAAAGCCAGGGUGGGAAUGCGAUGCAGAUGCCGGACGGGCCGUGGUUUUGGCUGAAUUAUUUGAUAACCACCCCGCCGGGCAUGAGUGAGGCGGAUUAUAACGCUGUGCAGGAGAGUUAUCGGGAUUUGGUGGCUGGAACUGGGAAUGCGGAAGGGUUGCCGUUGUUUAUUAAUGAUGCUAAUGUGGAUCAGGAUCCGUUGAGCUCGUUUAGUACUUUUGAGAGGUUGAAGGGGAUUAAGAAGGUUUAUGAUCCGGAUAACUUUUUUGUGGAGAAGACUGGGGGUUGGUCGUUUGAGUGA